AACAUAUUAGUCAUGAGAAAUAAAAGUGAAGGGAAGAAAUUGUGUCAACCAUACCUAUGACUUUAAAGUCUCUUACAUAAAAAAAUCCGAAAACUCCAACGUUAUACAAUAUCCCCCCUCUUCCUCCAACAACCUUUUAUUAGUCCUAGCAUAUUCUUUUUUUUUUUAAAACCCCUACGCGCCUCCCUUGACCUCCACGCGCCGCCCUGAAGAAGAAGAUAAGAAAAAAGGGAGUUGCUUUAUGAUUGGUGCAGUAGCAUUAAGUUACUGUAGAUAAUGGGAGGAGUGACUUCUUCCAUCGCUGCUAAGUUCGCCUUUUUCCCACCGACUCCACCGUCUUACACGGUAGUCCCCGACGACGGCAAGUUUAGCAUACCUGAGGUAGCUAGGAGAGAUGGAGUAGACUUUUUGAAGCUUCGUACUCGCCGUGGAAAUGAAAUCGUGGCCGUUCAUGUGAAGCAUCCAAAGGCAUCCGCUACUAUGCUGUAUUCUCAUGGUAAUGCUGCUGAUUUGGGUCAGAUGUUUGAGCUCUUUGUAGAAUUGAGCCUCCGUCUUCGUGUUAAUCUCAUGGGGUAUGAUUACUCUGGAUACGGACAGUCAAGUGGAAAGCCAUCUGAAUGUAAUACGUACGCGGACAUUGAUGCAGUAUAUAAAUGCCUAAAGGAGCAAUAUGGGGUCAAAGAUGAACAAUUAAUAUUGUAUGGUCAAUCUGUCGGCAGUGGCCCAACUGUUGAUCUUGCAUCACGAGUACCCAAUUUACGAGCUGUUGUUUUACAUAGUCCAAUAUUGUCCGGUGUAAGAGUUUUGUACCCUGUCAAGCGGACAUACUGGUUUGACAUAUACAAGAAUAUUGACAAGAUUAGUGCAGUGAAUUGUCCUGUUCUGGUCAUUCAUGGAACAGCGGAUGAAGUUGUUGACUACUCCCAUGGGAAACAGCUUUGGGAGCUAUGCAAAGAAAAAUAUGAACCUUUGUGGAUAAAUGGAGGUGGACAUUGCAAUCUUGAACUUUACCCAGAGUACAUCAAACAUCUAAAGAAAUUUGUUCUUGGUCUUGGCAAACUGAAGCCUGCUGCUAAUGGCCCCCAGAAAGAAUCAACAGAGUCUGACAAUCAGAGUAAACCUGCAGAAAGUGGUACCACAGACACAUUUGACCUGAAACCUGAUCUUCCUGAAAUUUCAAGGAACAGUUUGGACAGUCGACUUGAAAAGACUAAGAAGUCAAACAAACCUGAGAAGUCUCGGAUGAGCACAGAUCGUGUUGACAGGUUUAGGAGAAGAAAGGGCUUAGUGUGGUGAUUCCUUAAAUACAGAAGGAAACUACCUACAAUUAAUCACCAGUAACCCGCCUGAUAAGGCAACAUGUGCUUGUUUAUUCAAACAAGGAAUGAGCUCUAACUGCAGUUCCUGUGAGUGUAAUUGUAGGUGUAAAUGAUUGAGUUAUCUGUGCCAUCAAGAGAGUGGUGAAGGAGAAAUAAAGUAAGUAGUGCAUCCCUUUUUCCCCCUGUAUAAUCAAAUGUAACAUUUUGACAUGAAAAGCUUGUAGUUUUCUACUCAUAUGAGCUUCCAUACUUGUAUAUUAUGCAAGAUGUGCAAAUGUAGUGGCAGAAGCUCUUGGAUUGAUCAUCGCCAGUGUGUAACUGUUUGCUAAGGAAAUUCGUUCCAUAUUCUCGUCAGAAAGUCUCUUUUCAAUUCUCUCAAUAAUAGCUGUCCCCUUCUAGUUA